AUGAUGCAUCCUGUUCUCUCACGAGAAGAAAUCUUGGAAGCGGUGACUUCUGAUAAACGCUUCUACAAUAACGCUCAGAAUGUGGAGUCGCCUCAAAUAGAUGCUAUACAUGCUGGAACAGAUAAUGAUCUUCUUGCUCAGAUCGGAUACAAACCGGAACUUAAAAGACGUUUUAAUACGAUCCAGGUGUUUGGAGUGGCUUUUUCCAUUAUGGGCUUGCUUCCUUCGAUCGCUACUACUCUUACUUAUGGCCUCACAGCUGGACCUGCUGGUGCCAUUUGGGGCUGGUUGAUUGCCUCUUGUUUUAUUCUUGGAGUGGGUAUUGCCAUGAGUGAAAACGCUUCUUUUCAGCCUACUUCAGGUGGACUUUAUUACUGGACAAACUUCUAUGCGCCUCCUAAGCUUAAAUCAGUGCUUUCGUUCGUCAUUGGUAACACCAAUUCGCUUUCAUUAAUCUGUGGGUUUUGUUCUAUCGACUAUGGAUUCGCUCAGGAACUCUUGUCGAUUGUGGUUAUUGCAAAAGAUGGAGAUUUUGAAGUCACCCAGGCUAAAACAUACGGUGUGUUUGCUGCUUGUGUCAUUGUCCAUAUGUUCGUUACAUCUCUUUCUUCCAAGCAUAUUGCUACAUUGCAAACAACCUCGAUCGUUUGGAAUGUCACUUUAAUUGCCAUUUUCUUGAUCGCCAUGCCUAUUGGUGCUUCCAGAGGUCUGUUUAAAUCUGCAAGCUGGGUGUUCGGUAACUUUGAAAACUUUACAAGUUUCCCUAUGGGCUGGAACCAGGUUUCCCAGGCCUGGCAAUCGGCAAUUUGGACCAUUGGAGCUUUUGAUUCUUGUGUUCACAUGUCUGAAGAAUGUAAGAAUGCCACCAAGGCUGUGCCUGUUGGAAUCAUUGGCUCCAUCUCAGCAUGUGGUAUCCUUGGAUUCAUUAUAUUGAUUGUCACCUUCUUCUGUGUCCAAACAGAUGAUCUAGAGCUGCUUAUGGAUACUAAGUUUGGCCAGCCUAUGGCACAAAUCAUCUAUGAUGCUUUUGAAACAAAAACUGGCCAAGGUAAACCUGUUGCUAUUACGUUUAUGGUGCUUAUCACUAUUGGCCAGUUCCUUAUGGGUGCUUCCGUCUUGACAGCUAUUUCUAGACAGCUUUUUGCCUUUGCUAGAGAUAACGGUCUCCCUUUCUCCUGGUGGAUCAAGAAAGUUAACAAAAAGUUGUCUGUUCCUAUCCAUGCUGUUAUUUCUGGUGCUGUUGCUGCCCUUGUGGUUGGCUGUUUGGCACUUAUUGGUUCUACUGCUGCUUCAGCUUUAUUCAGUUUAGCUGUUGCUGGAAACCUUCUUGCCUGGACCAUGCCUACCUUUUUACGUUUGAUUUAUACGGACAAGUUUAUUCCUGGACCAUUCUAUUUGGGAAAGUACCUAACUCAAAUCAACGGAUGGGUCUCUGUCAUUUACACACUAUAUGCCACCAUCAUGGUGAUGUUUCCUAGAGACAGAAACCCAAACGCAGACACUAUGAACUAUACUGUUGUUAUUGCUCCUGGCGUGUGGCUCUUGUCGCUUCUAUACUACUUGGUUUACGCCAGAAAGGUCUACCAUGGUCCUACAAAGACUACUGAUAUCGAUGAUGACCAAGAAACCAGCAGUACCAGUAGCAUUGAGCAGGUCAGGGUUGCAAUGGCACAAAAGCUGGAAGUAUAG